AUGUCACCCAGACCAUUGGUACCCCCCUCGGAAAUCACAGACGAAAGUAACUGGACUAAUGGAAAUUCCGAUCUGAGAAAGACACGGAGAAGAGUGGGCAUCGUUCUGGCCGUCGUUCUGGUGCUAAUUUGUGUUGUCUACCAAUUCUGCUCCUGGACAAGUCGAUGGCAGAAACGGCGCACCUUUCUGCUGGUGCAAAGAACUCCCGCCUCCUGCGUCAGUGAUGGUCGAAGCAAUUCGGAGACGGAAUUUGUGCUAAGUGGUGUCAACAUCACUUUAUGCAAUGCUAAUCCGUUUCGAGGAUCCGCAAUCUUUGACUUGCCCAGUGGAAGUUACCUCUACGACACCUUGACGCGAAUUCGCAGUGGAGCUAUGCGUGUUCCCGACUUUGCCAAGGAGCUCAGCAAACAAAGUCUCUCCACCCUCAUCGCUAUCUCACAUCACAUUCCCGAUAUGCUAAAAAGUUGUACGAUCAACGGGCUGUCCUGUGGACAGAGGGACUUUGAAAGUGUCGUUAAUUUCAACCGGCUCUGUUUCCGUCUAGCCCUGAAUUCUUCAGCGCGAGAGCUUCGGCUGAUCUUGGAUCCGCAAGAACACGAGUACCUUCUACCCAAUGAGGCAGUGGUCGGCUUCUACCUCUCAGUGGACAAUAGCCACGACCAGGCCAUAUCAUCUCGAAUGGGUUUGAAGCAGUACGAACGAUCCAUUGAUAUACUUCAACCACCGUCAGAAGGCGAUGAACUGUUUGUGGGCUCCCAGUUCCAGACCUUCAUCCAAGUCGGCUUCUCCGAUGCUCCAAUCCUACCUCCCAGCUCUCUAUCAUCAAAUUCCAAAGCUCAUUCCAUCCGCUCGGUGAUACGCUCGGUGGUACAGGUUGCCAAGCCAGUGUUCAGUUCCAACCUCCUUCAAUUACGGGAGCCAAUCACAUUCCGAGGCACCUCCAGGAUGACAAAGGCUCGACUAGUUCAACAGUGGGCCUACCUACGACAUGAAAAUACCUCAACUAUUGUGGUUAUUGAAAAUCUGGCCCUCCGAUUGGGUAACCUCAAGAAGGACUUCGAUAGAAUGCUUCAGAGUCUAGCGGAAUUGAGAGCAGCACAGCACAUGACCUCUACGUUUGAGCCUUCAAAGUGGGACUACGUGGAGACGUGUCUCUCCCCAACUGGCAUAGCCUUGAAUACAAUCGUCAACUUUACUGACGGUUUCCACGACCACCUCUGUAGCCUGCUGGAUUCCAGUGACCAGGACUCCUUCCUAAUCCGCAACAUUCACUGUGACGCUGAGCUAACACAAUUGCAGCCUCCAUCUUCCACCUUGGAGACGGGUUCUACUCUCCAACUCUCUGUAGUACAGAUGCUCUUCUCUCGACCUCACACCACGAACCAACAUAUCAUCCAACUCCUCCGAAGACAAGUCAGCUUUCUUUCCAUCGUGAAUCAGGAGUUGCAGCAACACCAUACAGCUGGCAACAUGAAUGGUGUUGAACUGUUGGAGUGCACGCGAUGUGAGCGUCUAGGAGGUGGCGGCAUUGAUGUUAGAGCUUCCAUGAGUUGUCACCGCAUGGAUCGAAAAGCCAAAGUUAAUAUGACGCAGCAUUGGGAGCUCUUCAAGAAGUUCAAUCAGGCAAUUGCAGCGUGUACACAACGACUGGAUGCCCUGAAUAAGGACUUGGAGGCCACCACGAUGGCAAACUUGAAGCACAUCCGGGCUUUUGUAAGAGGCGUAGGAAACGAUGCAACAGAGAUGGGAUCGGCUACACAUGGGUAA